GCAGACACGGAGCUACCAUGAGUGUGUAUAAUAUGACGGGUUUGAACUCUACCACGGGAGGAGCGCACGCGUUUUUCCUGGACGAGCCUCUAUACAAACAGUACAGGCCCGUAGCAAAGGACCUCGUCCCGCUGCCCAAAGCAGUGCUCUACCUGCUAAUGGCAGCGCUGGUGGUGGUCGGCGUCGCUUAUGCUAUUGUUGGACAUCUUAUCAAGGACUUGGCCAUUGACAUAGCAGAAUGUGUUCUGGGUCCACACGGUGAUGAAGACAAAGAAAAGGACACACACCCAUGCCACCACCCAUCCAGCCACCCGCCUGUACACCCAUUUGCACACAAUGCCUUCCACGUGUGGGACCCAGACGAGGUGGUGGUACCUCUGCCCCCAGAGGAGAGUCCUCAGAUCAGUCCUCUGCUGCUGGCAGCCAUACCCUACAUACCACACUUCUUCCCACACUCUCACAGCCCCACCAGCUCUUUGGCUCUGACGUGUAGCCCCGCUGACAAGGAGGUCAGCAUACCCCGGGAAUUAUGAAGCGAGUGAAGUGAAGAGUCACAAGGGACACUGUACACAAUAU